AUGAACGGGUUCGAUAUUUUACAAUUAUUCAAUUUCAAACAAAGUUCACUGAAGGAUCUUGAAAACCUGAUUGGCCAAACUGAGCAAAUGUUUGUUGUUAGUUCAAAAUUGACUGGAGAAAAACUGAAAGGUCUCAGAGCUCAUCCAAUGAAUGCACAAAAUGCUUUGAUUUUUCAUAAACGUCAGAUUCACGAGUUUCACACUUUUUAUAGAAACGAGUAAGUUUUUUUGCAAAAAAAGUUAGAACAAAAUUUAUUAUUAAUUUUUUAAAGGUACAAAGUUGAUAUUGAUGAAAGCGAGCCACUUGUUUAUGAAGUAACAAACCCGAAAAUAUGGAUACCAUUUUCUCAAUUACAUUUCGAGAAAAUCAACAAAGAAGAGGCAAAUGAAGAAGAAUAA